AAAUCUCACUACCAUGGCUGAGGAGAAGCACCACCACUCCCUCUUCCACCACCACAAGGAGCAGAAACCCGUGGAGGAGGAGACUGUGUAUGCUUCUGAGGACACUUAUGAUGGUGAUGGCAUGGGUCGUGUCUCCGCCAGUGAGACCGCCGUCUUUACCACCUCUACCGAGGAUUAUGAGAAGGAGGAGAAGCACCACAAGCACAUGGAACACCUCGGUGAGAUAGGGGCUGCAGCUGCUGGUGGUUUUGCUCUGCAAGAGAAGCACAAGGCUAAGAAAGACCCUGAGCAUGCUCACAGGCACAAGAUCGAAGAGGAGAUUGCAGCAGCUGCUGCAGUGGGUGGCGCCGGAUACGCCUUCCAUGAGCACCAUGAGAAGAAAGAAACAAAGGAGGAAGAAGAGGAGGCUCAUGGGAAGAAACAUCACCAUCUCUUCUAAGCAUCUCUCUACUGCCAAUAAUUAUUCCCUUGUGAUUCCUAAUUUCCUCCAUCUUUCUCCAGUUUCUUUCUGUCUUUGUUUCCGGGUGUCUCCAUUAUAGGAUAUUAGAGUGAGAUGUAUAUCUUUAAGCAGAUAGAGCGCAAUAUCUCUGUUUGCUUGAUAGGUAUCAGUGUGGCUUUCUCCUUGUGUGUA